UAGAAAAACAAAAAGCCAAAAAUCUUUUUUUAACCGCUCAAGCCCAAGAAUUAGCGAAGAAAAUCAGUAAUUUUUCUUUGUCUUUUACUCUUAAUAAAGACGAAAAAGAUAAGGCCUUUGGUUCAGUCAGUAGCAAAGAGAUUUUAGACCGAUUAGCAGAAGCAGGUAUGGUGAAUACUGAUCCCAAUCGUUCUCUAGGAAUAAGAGUUCAGCAAAUGCUCGAUAGUUAUCCAGAAACAAAACAAAGACAAUGGAAAUGUUGCGGAAAUUCUUAUGAUGCCUCGCAAAUAAUGAAUCACUUAAAUUCUGACCAAUGUCUCAAAAGCAAGGAAAAUGAGGUUGGAUAUGAAUAUAAAUGCUCUUGUUUAGUUGAGAAAUUUAUUAAAGAACAAAAUAUCUCAAGAGUAGAAUUAAUAACAGAAACUCGGAUGAUUUUUGAAUAUAAUAACAGCAAAAGAAAAAACGAAGUAUUAGUAAACUCGACAAAUUUAGAACUGGUCAGGGAUUAUUAUAGAGACAAAUAUCAAAAAGAAGUAAUAGCAAAACAAGAAGAGGAACAAAAGAAAAUAAAUAGAUUAAGAGAUGAAAAUAUUUUUGCUCCAACUGCUAUUUACUUCAUAAAAAAGCAUUCUAAAAAACUUAAAAAAGAACAGCCCAAAAAUUUAAAAGAGGAAAUCCAAAAUAAAUUUAAACUAUGGAGAUUAAACAUGGGGUUAUCCACUUUAAAAAGAUUUGGAUUAUUGACUAUUGCUGGAACUCUCAUUAAACUAUUAGGAAAAGCCUUUGAUGAAAAAUUUAUUGCUAAUUUUUGUUAUGUCAUUCCGUUAGCCUUUGCCUUCGAUAAGGAAAAACCACAAAAGUCUUUUAAAGAAACCUUUCAUGCUUUACUGGAUAAUGAUAGUUUUAUCCAUUAUUCCGAUAAGAUUCAUAAUGAAGGUGACACUAAUUUAGGAGGCAUUGAAGAAGCAGCCGGAGUAGGAAUGGGAACAACAGUAGGAGCAUAUGUUGGAUUAGUAGUAGGAGAAAUAGUGACAUUAGGAGCAGGAGGGCCAUUAGGAGUACCUCCAGGAAUGGGGAUAGGCGGAGUAGUAGAACUUAUCGAAAAUGGCGAAAAAGAAGAAAUUCGAAAUCAGAACCAAAAAACUUAUCCUCUAAAAAAGAACACUGUUUAUAAUUUUCAUUUCAAUGAUUUUAGUUCUGUUAGAAUUGAAGAAAUAAGAAACAUUAAGACAACUUCUCGAAAUUCUCUGCGUUCUUUGCAAACUUCUAACUUUGCUAAUCUACGAGAAGAAAAUAUUACUUUGCGAGAAAGAAUAACUCAAUUAGAAGAAAGAUUAACUCACCAAGAAGAACAAAUGGCUCAAAUUUUGCAAAAUAUUAACAAAUUUUAA